UUUUUUUGAUUUGAUUUGAGAUUUUUUUAAAAUUUAUGUUUUUUUCCGAUCAAUUUUUUUUUCAAAUGAUAAUCAUGUUCAUUAGUUAGUUGAAGAUAAUAGUGAACAUCAAUAUGUUGGAAAAGAUAUCCAAUGUUCAGCCUUGUGUUCAUGAAAGUGAAGCUGAAUUACCUCAUUUUGUUAAUUGUAAUCAUCCCGAUGUUCUUGGUUAUGAUAAAGAUGGUAUUAGUAAUCAUGUUGAAGAACUUGUUGAAAAACAUGAACAAAAAGAAAAAUUAUUAACGAAAUAUGAAAUCGGUACACGACGAGAAAAUCCGGAAGAAUUGGCCAAAUUUAAAGAAUUAAUAAAUCCACCAUCCAAACCGAUAAAUUAUUUCAAAAAUUAUGUCGAUAUUGAUUAUCCGGAUGUAUAUUCGAUUCGAUCACGAUUGAAAAAACUACUUAAAGAUAAAUAUGAAAGUUAUGAAAAAAUUCUUCGAUCUUGGUUUUCAUUUGAAAUUGAUCAUGAACAAUAUCAUCGAUCGAUAAAUCUACUUUUAGUGGAUAUUUCAUUAAAAAAGAUUCAUAAUGAUUAUAUGAACGCUAUUUAUCAACAGGCAAAUAACUGUGACAUUAAUAUUAUCGAUGAAUUUUCACAUUUUUUUGAUGAUCUCAUCGAUGGUAGUGAUUUGGAAAACAUUUAUUCCAGUGAUAGAAAUUCUUUCAGUGAUAUUAUCAUUUCGAAUUGUGUGGGUAUUGAUGCUGUUCACGAACAGACAAAAUCAUCAUCAGAAUCGAUUGAAACAAAUGAACAAAAAUUACCCACUACUUCCAUUAAUGAUGAAGAUGAUGAUCUUUUGAUUGUUAAAAAACGUAAACGAAAAAGAUGUCUGAAAAUUUUCGAUGAUGAUGAUAAUAUUAAUAAUGAAAACGAAAAUGAUAAUAAUACUAUCUAUCAAGAUGAUCAUCUCAGUGAUGGUGAUCUUGUUACGACAACAAAGAAGAAGAAAAAACGUAAAGCUAUGGUCAUUGAAUCAAGCGAUGAAGAAGAUGACGAUAAAAACACUAUAUUCUAUGAUGCAGAAUCAUCGAAUUCGAAUGAUUUACAACAGACAAUCGAUGCCAAAUCUAGUGGUCCAUUAAAAACAACAAUAACUAUUAUGAAUAAUAAUCAAUCACAACGACAAAACAGUUGUAACAAUAAUCAGCAGAAAAAUUUUUCAUUAUUAAGUAGAAUUUUAAAUUCAGAAACAACAAUUCCUCAUCUACAACAUCAUAGUAGCUCAUCAUCAUCGAUUUAUCGUAAUAUAAAUUCUAAUACAAAUGAACCUGUUACAUAUUGUUUUAAUGAAUCAUCACAAAAUCAAUCAUCAACAACAACAACAUCAUCAUCAUCAUCAUCAUUUCCUUCAUCAUUUAUUAUGGCCAAUUCAAAAAUUGCCGAACUUCUUAAUUACAAGAUGCCUGAUUAUCAACAAAAUGAUGAAAAUAAUUCCAAUUAUUCAUCACCAUUAUUGCCAACUAGUCCAAAUAUAUCAACAACAUUAGAUUCAUUACCGAAUUCGGAUGAUGCAAGUCAAAAAAGUGAUAAUUAUUAUGAAUGGAAUGAUAAUCAAUCAACAUGGAAAUCAAAUCAUUCAAAAGUAGAAUCAUUAAAUCAAUUUCAAAAUGUUAAUAAAACAUCAAUAAAUUCAUUUGAAGUAUUUGAUCCAAUAAUGAAUGCCACAUUGGAUGAUCAACAACAACAACAUUUAAUUAAAAAAUAUGAUUCAAAUGAUGAUGAUGAUGACAACAAUGUCCAUUGUCAUUUUUAUAAUGAAGAAAACAAUCGUAUCGAUGAACAAGCAAGAUUUCGUUUGAUUCUUGCAUCGAUAUUAUGUUUAAUAUUUAUGGCUAUUGAAAUUGCUGGUGGUCUUUGGGCAAAUAGUUUAGCUAUUGCAUCGGAUGCUGCACAUUUAUUAACAGAUUUUGCUAGUUUUAUGAUAUCAUUAUUUUCUAUUUGGAUGGCUAGUAAACCGGCAUCAAAAAAUAUGAGUUUUGGUUGGCAUCGUGCUGAAGUUAUUGGUGCAUUAACAUCAAUAUUAAUGAUAUGGGUUGUUACCGGUAUAUUAUGCUAUAUUGCUACCGAACGUAUUGUUGAAAAUGAUUUUGAAAUUCAAAGUGAAAUUAUGGUUAUUACGGCUGCUAUCGGUGUUGUCGUUAAUAUUGUAAUGGGAUGUUCGUUAACCUGUGGUGGAAUACCACAUGGACAUUCACAUGGUGGUAGUAUGGAAAAUGGUCAUGGACAUGAUCAUAGUCAUGGAUUUUCAACUUCUGAUCAUCAAGGAAAAGGAAAUAUUAAUGUUCGUGCUGCAUUUAUUCAUGUAUUGGGUGAUUUUUUUCAAAGUCUUGGUGUAUUGAUUGCAUCAUUAGUAAUCUAUUUUUAUCCGGAUUAUCGUAUUAUUGAUCCAAUUUGUACAUUUUUCUUUUCAAUAAUUGUAUUGAUAACAACAUUGACUAUAAUGAGAGAUGUAUUGAAUGUAUUAAUGGAAGGUAUACCAAAAGGUAUCGAUAUAAAAGAGGUACAACGUACAUUAUUGAAUAUUGAUGGUGUAAGAAAAGUACAUAAUCUACGUAUAUGGUCAUUAAGUCUAGAUAAAGCAGCAUUAUCUACACAUUUAGCCAUCGAAAAAGGAAAAGAAUCGACACAUAUUUUGAAUGCAACAAUUCGUGAAAUAAAAUCACGUUAUGAUAUCUAUGAGCUUACUGUACAGAUUGAAGAAUAUCGUGAUGAAAUGAAAGAUUGUCAACAAUGCCAAACAUUUAAUUAAUUUGAAUUUGAAUUUUAUUCGAUUUUGUUUUGGUUUUGCUCAAUUUCUAUCGACUUUUGUUCUUUUCUGUUUUU